CAGCAUUGCUAUUUCCCAAUAGCUAUGUGUAAAGGCUGCAGAAGUUCCUUAAAUGGCUUUUUAAACACCUUAAGGUCCAGUCUUCAUCAUGGUAAGGGUCAGAGGAGUAUGACAGCGAGGAUCAUUCUCUGCUUUCUGUCCUGUAGAGCUGCUGGCAUUUCAUGAAACCAGUGUUGUAGUGUACUGUAUGUAGUGAAAGUGGUCUCGUCCGUGUGGUUAUAUGGAGGGGUUUUGGGCUGUGUUUUUCCCUGUGCUGAGGGUCUGGUUCACCUGUUUGGUGGUCCUGAUCAUGCUGCCUGCCAUGUUUGGGAUCUCUCUUGGCAUCACUGAGACCUACAUGAAGAUCCUUCUCAAAACCUUAGAGUGGGCAACACACAGAAUCCAAAGGGCAAGCAGAGCAGAGGAGAUCCUGAAACAGUCCGCAUCAAAUGGAACCUCGCUCCACCAAGACGAUAUCAAUCCGCUUCAGCUAUGUGUCUGCAACAGGAUUACACUUACAGCUAUAGGGCUGAGCUGGCUGGUGAUUGGCACAACGAUGGUGGGUUUCCUCCCCAAUUUCAGAGUGAAGGGUUGGUUGAGUGAACUGGUCCACUUGAUGUGCUACAGGAUCUGUGCAAGAGGCCUUUCAGCUACGAUUCACUACCACAACAAACAGAACAGGCCUAAGAGAGGAGGCAUUUGUGUAGCUAAUCACACUUCGCCAAUUGAUGUCGUUAUUCUGGCUAAUGAUGGCUGUUAUGCAAUGGUAGGGCAGGUUCAUGGUGGUUUAAUGGGAGUCCUCCAGCGUGCCAUGGAGCGGUCUUGCCCUCAUAUCUGGUUUGAGAGAGCGGAGAUGAGAGACCGCCACCUAGUGACACAGCGGUUAAGAGAUCACGUAAAUAACAAAACAAAGCUGCCAAUACUCAUCUUCCCUGAGGGAACUUGCAUCAAUAAUACAUCAGUAAUGAUGUUUAAAAAGGGAAGUUUUGAAAUCGGAGGAACUAUAUACCCCGUGGCUAUAAAGUAUGACCCUCAGUUUGGAGAUGCUUUCUGGAACAGCAGUAAAUAUAGCAUGGUGAGCUAUCUGCUGCGGAUGAUGACGAGCUGGGCCAUAGUCUGCAACGUCUGGUAUCUGCCUCCAAUGACGCAGAAGGAAGGAGAGGAUGCUGUGCAGUUUGCUAACAGGGUGAAAUCAACCGUUGCACAACAAGGAGGUUUAGUGGACUUGGCCUGGGAUGGAGGUCUGAAGAGGGCAAAGGUGAAGGAUUCAUUUAAGGAGCAACAGCAGAAGAAGUACAGCCACAUGGUGGUGGGUGACGACAGCAGUGACUGAACACAAACUCCAAUGAUCACAGAUCUUCUCAUUCACCAGUCACUGGAAAUACGGCGACUUGUUGACAAAAGUACAGGAGGGUCUACUCAUACCACUGCUGCUAAAAUACGGUUUAAAGAUAUUUAUAAAUGGGGCAUAGAUAUAAAUAAAUAUGCAUUGCAAAUGCUAUAGAUCCCAGUUUCUUAUGAGCUGCACUGCUUUUCUGUGAAGAGUUUUAUUUGCCGGAAUAUUAAUUGGGUGAAAAGGCUUUUGCGAUUUAUUUGAGAGUCCAUUUUUAAAAUUUCAAAUGUUUAAAAAGGACAAAAUUAUAAAUGCAUGAUUGGGGUUAAUAUUGAAUUUGGUAUAUGAUCAUUUAUUUCUCAGAGCAAAUAAACUUUUGUGCUUUUUUUAACAUUUGUUUCUUGUCACAUACGUAUGUCUAGUAUUGUGAUUAGUUCCUGACAAAAUACACUUAUUUUUAUUAAACUCAAGGUUGCCACAGCCAUGAAAACCUGGAAAUAUGA